AUGGCGCCUCGAGAAAACUCUCAUGAGCCCUCCGGCACGCCUGUGCCGGUGGAAAAGGGCAUUGCCACCCUUGCGCAGCUGAGAGUCGGAGUGAAGGUCAUGGCUGAGAAGGUGCCCCCCGAACGUGAAGUUAACAUUCCACAGGAAGGCAGCCUUCGCAAAGCUGAGAUUCUCUCCAUACAAACACGCCAGGGGAAACCCAAAUUCUAUGUCCAUUAUGAGGAAUUCAACAAGCGUCUUGAUGAGUGGAUCCCAGCAGAACGCAUCAACCUCACCAAGGAAGUGGAAUGGCCUGCACCAGAAAAGCCCGAGAAGAAGAAGGUGGCCGCAUCUAAGAAUGACAAAGCGCCGUCCAAGUCUGACCAGAAGAACCUGAAGCGGUCCCGUAGCAAGCUGGACCGUGAAAUCUCAGGAACUCCGGAAUCGACAUCCAGCAACGUUCCAGGCAAAGCACAACGCCCGUCCAAACCUAGUGGGAAAGAGAACCAAGAGCUCCUAGUCACGAGCGAAGUCACCGAGGGCACCCCGAAGCCCGAAGACGAGGAGAUGGACCUUGUCGAUGUGCAAGACCUGGCAGCAGCAGCUAAAGCUAUGCCGGAUCACGAGUACUCGCGCGAAGAUGAGAUCGAGAAGCUGCGGACAUCAGGUUCCAUGACGCAAAAUCAGACUGAGAUAUCGCGCGUGCGUAACCUGGAGAAGAUUCAGAUGGGCAAGUUCGAGGUCGAGCCCUGGUACUUCUCGCCCUACCCCAUCGACUUUGUUGACUCUGAUGUCGUGCACAUCUGCGAGUUCUGUCUCUCGUACUUUGGCGAGGUCACGCAAUUCGAGCGUCAUCGCGCCAAGUGCACGCUGCUGCACCCACCAGGUAACGAAAUCUAUCGCGACGACUAUGUGUCCUUCUUUGAGAUCGACGGACGGAGGCAAAGAACGUGGUGUCGUAACUUGUGCUUGCUCUCGAAACUGUUUCUGGACCACAAGACAUUGUACUAUGACGUCGAUCCUUUUCUAUUCUACUGCAUGUGCACGCGGGAUGAGUAUGGCUGCCACUUUGUCGGUUACUUCUCCAAGGAAAAGGAAUCAGCAGAAGGAUACAACGUCGCCUGUAUCCUCACUCUCCCCCAAUACCAAAGGAAGGGUUUCGGAAAACUCCUCAUCGACUUCUCCUACCUCCGUGUUUCUAAGCGCGAAGGCAAGCUGGGAUCACCCGAAAAGCCACUGUCCGAUCUGGGUCUUCUCGGUUAUCGUGCUUACUGGCAAGAGAUAUUGGUGGAUCUACUCUUGGAGCCUGGUAAGACCGAGGCGAACAUCGAAGACCUUGGCGCAGCGACUGCGAUGACAACAAACGACGUACUACAUACACUACAGAAUUUGAACAUGCUGCGGUACAGCAAGAACCAGCACGUCGUUGUACUCACCGACUCAGUCAUUGCAGCAAGAGAGCGGCAAAAGGCGAAAGAGAAAGUAAAGGGAAAGAGGACAAUCGACCCAGACCGAUUGAUCUGGAAACCUCCUGUGUUCUCCGCUGCCAGCCGCACGUGGAACUGGUAG